GUUCUCUGGAGCACAUUUUAACAACAGUUUUGUCAACGCAGCAUAUUUUUAAUAAUAAUGCAGAAGUUCGGCGGGAACAACAACAGGCCUGACUUAAUUUUCCGUAAAAGGGCAGACUUGUUUUUCGGGGAAAUGAGGCAGGGGGCCACGGGCAAUGCUGUAGUGUCAGGAGAAAAGUCAGACAGGUCAGGUGGAUUGACGUAAGAAGGUAUAGACGCAUCUAGAGGUGCCAGGGUAUAUAUUGAGGAGAUUCCUUUGGAGGGGGCGCUCUUGCUCCUGCUUGCUUGCGUUUUUGUGGGGGAACUUUUUGGGUGGCAUGGGGAUGCACUGUUUGGGUUUUUUCUUUGAUACUUUCGACUUAGAAGUUUUUCCUCCUUGAGCUCAAUGGAAGCAGUGGCUGAUCAGCACCAAUAAAGAGUUUUGCUCAUUCUCAUCCAGAACCGGAAGCAGUGACCCAUAUUGCAUUGUGAGAAUUGACAACGAAGCCAUAAUAAGGACAGCAACAAUAUGGAAGACACUGUCCCCUUUCUGGGGAGAGGAAUACAAUGUCCAUGUCCCACCUUCUUUUCACACCGUGUCUCUGUAUGUGAUGGAUGAGGACAAUCUCAGCCGUGAUGAUGUUAUCGGAAAAGUUUCGAUCAGCAUAGAAGCGCUCUGUAGCAAGCCACAAGGUCUGGAUGGAUGGAUGAACCUGACUGAAAUAGAUCCAGAUGAAGAGGUUCAGGGAGAGAUUCACCUGCAGAUCUCACUGCUGGGGGACGACGACGUGCCACGCAAACUGCGCUGUCGGGUUCUGGAGGCAAGAGAUCUUGCCAAAAAAGACCGCAACGGAGCAUCGGAUCCAUUUGUCCGAGUCAGAUAUAAUGGCAAAAGCCACGAAAGCGCAGUGGUGAAGAAGUCUUGCUAUCCACGCUGGAACGAGAGUUUCGAGUUUGAGCUGGACGACACACCGGCUGACAGCCUGCUCAGCGUGGAGGUGUGGGACUGGGACCUGGUGAGCAGAAACGACUUCCUCGGAAAGGUCCUGUUCAACAUUAACAGGCUUCAGUCAGCGCAGCAAGAAGAGGGCUGGUUUCGCCUGGGGCCCGACAAACCCAAACACAGCCAGUACGAAGGUACUCUGGGCUCCUUGCGGCUGCAGCUGCGGCUCAGAGACGAGACGGUCCUGCCGUCCAGCCAUUACCAGCAGCUCACUGAAUUACUGUGCCGCUCUGUCGAGACUCACCUCAACGGCAACUGGCCCGACCUGAUCAUGCUAAUCGACGAGACGACAACUUCUGAGAACCGCCAAGAAGUAGCCACUAACCUGGUGAAGCUCUUCUUAGGUCAAGGACUCAUCAAGGAGUUCCUGGAUGUGCUUUUCAAACUGGAGCUGGAAAAGAAUACUGAACCCAAUACCUUAUUCAGGAGCAACUCUUUAGCUUCCAAGUCCAUGGAGUCGUUUCUCAAGGUGGCUGGAAUGCAGUAUCUCCACAGGCUUCUAGGGCCCAUCAUUAAUCGCAUUUUUGAGGAGAAGAAAUAUGUGGAACUGGAUCCUAACAAGGUGGAGCUGAAAGAAGCUGGAUGCACAGGACUGCAUCGUCUGCAGACAGAAGCCGAUAUAAUACAGCAAAGCUCCAGCCUGCUUCAGUCGUACCUGUCAGAGCUGAUGGCCGCCAUCCAGCAGUCUUCCUUCUAUUGCCCCAUGCUCCUCUGCCAGGCCUUCCAGCAACUUUACCAGAGAGUACAAGCUCGUUUCCCAGAUCCGGAGUACAGGAAAGUAAAGUUCAUUGCAGUGACCAGCUUCCUGUGUCUGCGCUUCAUUUCUCCUGCCAUCAUGUCGCCUAAGCUCUUCCACCUGAGAGAGAAACACGCCGAUGCCCGCACCAGCCGUACUCUUCUCCUCCUGGCGAAAGCUCUUCAGACCAUUGGUAAUUUGGACACACUGGUGUGUUGCUCUAAGGAGCCCUGGAUGGUGCCACUGCAGCCUUCCAUCCAGCAAGGCAUCGCUCAACUCAAAGAUUUCAUCACCCGCCUGGUCAGCUGUCACGACUCAGAAGAUCUCGGUUUGCACGCUCGUAUGAGUCUCCAGUGUGGCUCCAUGGAAAAAGAAGGCUUCCUCUUCCUUCAUAAGACCAAAGACAAGUGCAUCCUCAUGACCUCGCCCUUUAAGAAAUAUUACGUUACACUCAGCAAAGACACGCUGUCUUACUCACGGACUCAGCAUUCCAAGAAAAGCUCGUUCAUCUCCCUGCCCAAGAUCCGUGCAGUAGAGAAGGUGGAAGAGAAGUGCUUUGGCAGUGCCAACGUCAUGCAGAUCAUUUCCAGUGAAGAUUCUGGGCAGCAGGAGACAAUCUACCUGGACUGCAAGAGCGUAAAUGAACUGAAUCAGUGGCUCUCGGCUUUAAGGAAAGCAUGCAGUCACAACACCAACACCAUGAGCUGCUACCAUCCAGGCAUUUACAAAGCUGACAGAUGGAGCUGCUGCCACCAAAAGGAAAAAACAGACCCAGGCUGUGAUAAGACCAGACAUGGUGUCACCCUGCAGGAAUGGUAUGAUCCACUGGAUCCAGACCUGGAAGCUCAGCUGAUUUACCGCCACCUGAGCAGCGUCCAACACGCCAUGAGGGAUAAAUAUUAUGAACUGAUUAAACAAGAAGAAGUUGAUGACACAGACACUGACCAAGAUCCGAAGAAGGUAGACGGUAUAGCGAGACUAUUCAAGAUUCUCCAAGAUCUGCACGAAGCUCAUGCGGCUAUAGAAGAGGAAGAACGUUUGAAAAACAAGAACGUUUUCCUGGAGCUACAGACAUAAACGGAGGCUUCCCGUCCGUCCCCCCAAAAAAAGACAGAACGCUGGAUCACACAUUGACAUCAUUUACAGGGUUUAUGUGAACCUGCUAAACUGAAAUGCACAGCAAGUCCAAAUUUUGGGAAGGUUUGAGAGCAGGUUUGCUUUCCAUGAUUCUUAUUUGAGGCGAAUACGUUUUCAUAAUCAAUGGUUCUGCCUUUGAAAAGCUCAUGUGCAUCAAGGGUAGGUUUAAUAGCGUUUAGUGCAUACUUUACAUGAGUGUAUAAGUGGUAUGGAGUAAUAAGAUCGUCCAGUUUUGACUGGAUAUUCUUGCUUAUAGGCACUUUUUUCAAGCUUGUAUUUUACCAUUUUGUUUUUUAAUCAUACACGUGUUACGUCUUUCCUUUGUAAAUGAGCAAACAGUCCACAGGUUUACAGCAUACGUAUACGUGCUUAUUUUAAAAUAUUAUACAAGCUAGACUUCCUGUGUACCGUUUUUAGUUUUUUAUUUAUUCAUGUCCUCUCCCUGGUCUCAUAAUGAUCCCCAGAUAUUCAUGCUGCAUCCGAGGUCUGCCACGGCAUCUACUCGACCAAUUAGCCACAUGUUAUUGAUGGCUUCUUGAUCCACUCCGGUCUCUGUUCAAAUGUGUAGGUGCAAGACUGAUCAGUACUUCAGUCCUUGAAGGAGGAAAGGUAAUGAAGAUUACGAUGAAGGAGUAAUCAUGGGAAGCUGUACAUCACAACAUGAGACAUAAGGAGUCUCUUCUUAUUUCAUAUGAAGCUUCAUGAUGGCUGAUAGAUAUAAAAUUUUUGCAAGCUCUAUGAUUGUUGCAUGGAAUUCUGAACAUUAAAAUAAGGUUGUUAAUAUAUUCUCUGGCAAACACAACGAUCAAUAGUUAAAAAUCACUAGACAAAUGUGUACAGUUAAGUGCAAACGUUUGCAUCCCCGAGGUUUCUGGGUGAGAAAAUAUUUAUCUCUGUAUUAAAGUUUAUCUACAAAAAUAGAAUUCUGAUAUAAAAAAAAAUUGUAUAAUAUUCAACAACAAAUCCAAAACUUCCCAUCUAUAUGAUUACUACAGUUAAAAAUUACAAUCGUGCAUGGUAUUGUAAUGCAUGUCAGAUAUUAUAUUAUUAAGAGUGAAUAGUGAAAGGAUCUACAAUUUCUCUGGUUCCUUUGAACUCCUGCCAAUAAACAGCUCAUAUUAUCUCCUCUUUAUUGACAGUAUUGCUAGUGAUGAUACAUCUGGGAUCCUCCAUCUGCACUCAGUAUUGAUACAUCUAUCAAUUAUUCAAAUCUCAAAGUAUAUAGUUUCUAUUGUUGCCACGCUUCAUCCUGUCAUUUGUCAGUUUUGUAUAUUGUAUUAUUAUGUCCUAAACAAGUGUGUAUUACCGACACGUGUUUCUGAUUGUCUUUUAUAAUUUUGUUUUUGUCAUGACAUGAAUGUACUGUAUGAUAUGAGGACAUUUUUGUAGCUAACAGCCUUGUUUUGUACACUAGAUGGCUCUGAAGCAUUGAAAAUAUUUAUACCGCAAUCCUUGCAGUAGAAAUCUGUGAAGUCGUAAAAGGGGUGAAACAAUAGAUCUGUUUAGAGUGAUGCAUCGAUUAGCAAUGUACACAAACUGAUCCUUGAAAUUGAUGAAACUUAACUGAAAAGUGACACCAAUUCAAGCAGUACUUUAGUACUUAAACUCAAUUAUCAGAUCAUUUUGUCAUGUAGCAUCAUUUUAAAUGCUGAAUAGUAUUAAACUGAUGUCUCACAAACA